AUGUUAGUGACAGCAAAAUCAAAACAUAACCUAAAAAUGUAAAAAAACAUCUAAAGACCCUUAUCUUAUCUCAUUUUAUUAGAAUAAAAUGUAAAACCGACCGAUUCUAAUUGCAACUUUCAGCUUAUCACCUCAUUUGAAUAUCUACGCUGAAUUUCCUGUAUGCAUUUCCUCAUGUCCGAGUUACCAAACGAUGUUGAUUCGCAUCAAAAUAAAGAAACUUUAAUUAAAUCGGAUCACUCUGAAAAUAAUUUACGAGAAGAUAAAAAUGAUUUUAAUGACGUUCAAGACGUAAAUAAUAAAGAUUUAAAUGUUUGUGAGCCGAUUUAUACUCUAGAAGGGUUGUAUGAGACAUUAAAAAAGCCUCCAAUGUGGGUGCAAAAUACGAUUCCAUUAAAAGAAGGGGGUAAAUGUGUUAUUUUGAAUGAAAAGGAUGAUUGCCAUGUUCUCGAGGAUAAAUUUGAAGCGAAAGAAAGAAUUAAUAGGGAUGAAACCCCCAAAGUUUUAAUUUGCCACGAUAUGAUGGGGGGAUAUCUCCAUGAUAAAUAUAUAAACGGGGUAAAUGAAGGAAAUGGAUUUACGUUUCACCGUUGGGCAACAACGGAUAUAUUUUGCUACUUCAGCCAUCAUUUCAUUACAAUCCCAACUUUACCAUGGAUAAACGUUGCUCAUCGUUUUGGUACGGCUGUAAUUGGAACAAUUAUAACCGAAUUUACACGAGGAAAAGCAUUAUGUGAUCAAUUCCUUAAAAGUGAGGCUACUUACAAACAAUUUGCUGACGCCCUCGUCGAAAUUUGCAUCCUUUUUAAGUUCGAAGGGUGGUUAUUAAACAUCGAGAACCCAGUUGAUGACCCAAAACUACUUUUAAGUUUUGUUAAGUAUUUGACGGAUAAAUUACACGUAAAAAUCCCGAAAGGUUAUGUUAUUUGGUACGAUAGUGUAACAACUGAAGGAAAUCUCGAGUGGCAAAAUGAAUUAAACCCGAAAAAUAAAUCGUAUUUUGACGUUUGUGAUGGGAUUUAUCUCAAUUACGCUUGGGAUGAAUUAAAAAUAAAAAAAUCCCGCGAAAUGGCGCUUAAUCGUAACUUCAAUGUUUAUGUGGGGAUUGAUAUUUGGGGUCGUGGAUCUUACGGAGGUGGUUCAUUUAAUGCGUAUCAAGCUGCUAAGGUAAUAAACAACCAUAAAAUGUCCAUGGCUAUUUUUGCGCACGGUUGGGUUCAUGAGAAUAACCCAAAACAACCUGAAUCCGAUUUUUUAAAACGUUAUUAUUCCCGAAGUAGCUUAUUAUGGAAGCUUUUUUGGCCGUACAUGUACACAAGACCCAUCCAAGAACCAUUUUUAACGUUUUUUAGAACGGGAGUCACCACAGAUCAUUAUAAUUUAGAAUUACAAGACGUCCAACCUUCGUUUUUUCCAUCACAUGCACUGACGAAGGAAACUAUUCAUGUGGAUGUCGCGAAAGAUGUUUGUAGGUGCAUUGAGGAACGGUUAAUUGAUGAACAUCGAUGCUUAUUGGUUAUGGAUAAUGAUUUAAAAGAUAGAGUGGUGGUGCAUAGGUUGUUUGCUUUGGAUAUUGAGAUUAAAGGAAAAGUUAGAAUUGAUGCAUAUACCGAUGCUUACAAAGAUUCUAAUUUGGAUUAUGAAGUUGUUGUUUUAUUGAGGGACGCGAAAAAUAGGGAUGAAAAGGUGGUUUGUUCAUCGAAGAUGAUGUUGAAUUUGUCACAUCCAAGAAAUUGGGAGCAUAGAAGAUUUAUUUUGGAUUAUCCCGGAUGUAAAUUAAUGGAAAUAGGUGUGAAAUUAAUAAGUGGAAAUUACCUAAAUAUUUAUGGGUUCGGAGUGGCUCUAGAAUAGGUUAAUAAAACUCAACAAUACAUUUAAAAACAAUUCAAAAAAUAUAUUUAAACAUUUCAUACAUGCGAAGUAACAUAAUUUAAAAAUAAAUACUUCUAUUGGUAAAGCUCUAAUUAAAUA